AUGCGAGCCGCUUCAGUCGUCCCCGUGCCAGCCACCAACGACACUCAAAUGUGCGCAUUGGCAACUGCAGAGGGGGGAGGCACGCCUAGCACAUGUUUGAACCUUUCUCUUUCACCUCCCUCCUCACUUUCACCUCUCUUCUCCCACCUGCAGGUGGCUUCAGUCGUCCCCACGCCAACCACCUAUGGCAGCUUAGGCCGAGCACAGGCAACAGCGGAGAGGGCAGGGGAGGCGCUGGUGCUGUGGUGCGACUCAAAAGGAUCGACUGCCACAUACGGCAGUCUGGUGCGAGUGCUGGCAGCAGCAGAGAGGGCCGGGGAGGCGCUGGUGCUGUGGCGCGACUUGAAGGAGCGACUGGUGGGGGCGCAGGGCAGUGAUUGGGAGGAGGGGCUGGAGUUGGGGGGAAUUGAGGGCGGGGAAGGGAGGUGGGAACUGAUGGGAGAGGCGAGGGAGGGGUGGUGGGAGGAGCGAGGCGAGACGGGAGGGAGCGGGAGUGAGGGAGGGAGUGAGGGGGAGGAGGAAGGAGGGAUGGGGGAGAGCGAGGGGGAGGAGGGGGGAGUGGUGGAGGUGGUUGGAGUACGCGGGGAGAGGGAGUGGGUGAGGAGCAGGUGGGAGCAAAGAGGGGACGGAGGGGGAGUGAGAGGGAGAGUGGUGGGUGUGGCAGCAGAAAGAGUGACGUGGAGGGCAGGAGUGGCAGGAGGAGGAGCAAAGGGGGCAGCAGGGGUGUGUGUGGAUGAGGCAGUGAUGGAUGGGCUCAUGCUCAUCUUCAUGCAGGCUGAAUACUUCCAGCGCGCACUGGAAGUGGUGGGGGCGAUGGAGAGGGCAGGGUUAGCGCCCGAGCGGCUCAAGUUCAAGCGCAUGCUCAUCGCCUCCCUCUCCUCCCUCUCCCCUUCCCUGGCACAACCCAACCUUGCAGCGUGCACUGGAGGUGGUGGGGGCGAUGGAGAGGGCAGGCGUGCACUGGAGGUGGUGGGGGCGAUGGAGCGAGAAGGGCUGGCGCCAGAGAGGCUCAAGUACAAGCGCAUGCUCAUCACCUCCCUCUCCUCGCGCCGCCACCGCGCCCUCUCCUCCCUCUCCACUGCCACCGCUGCUCCCGAUGAGUUCCCGGGGUCACGGGGCUUUGAAGCGCUUAAGUUCUGGCUGGGGCUGCCCAACCGCCUGUAUGAGUCCGACUGGAGCUGGAGGGAUUGA